AUGCGGGUCUCCCUCUUGUCUGCGCUGAUAGCGUCUGCUGUGCCGUUCGCCUCCGGCUUUGGGCUGACCACCUCUGGAACGCUCUGGACUGUGGAUACCUCAGGCGGUCUAGUCUUCACCAUCCAAUCCUCAAACGGAGACGUCACGUCACUCAAGUAUAAUGGCGUUGAAUGCCAAGAUCAGACCAAAUACAGCCAGAUAAGCUCCGGUCUGGGUUCUGCGUCAUGCUCGUGGGUGCAGACAGGCAACUCCAACAACUAUAUCAAGAUCACCUGCACGACAAGCACCCUGACACAGUACUACGUCGCUCAGUACAAAUCAGCCUCCUUGCACAUGGCCACGUACACGACUGCCGAGCCCUCUGUGGGAGAACUCAGGUUCAUCGCGCGCCUCGCCCGCUCAGCGUUACCCAAUGGCAUCGCUGCAGCAAACAUCGAAGGUGGAACCGCGAUCGAAGGAUCGGACGUGUUCCUUGUCAGCGGUCAGACGCGCUCGAAAUUCUACUCCUCUGUUCCGUUCUACAAGGAUCAGGUGCACGGCGUUACCGGCUCCGGUGUCGGUGCAUACAUGGUGAUCCCCGGCACGGGAUACGAGUCUAGCUCCGGCGGGCCCUUCUUCCGCGAUAUUGAUAAUCAGGGGGGAACACAACAGGAGCUGUACUUCUACAUGAACUCGGGUCACAUGCAAACAGAAUCUUACCGUCAGGGCUUGCACGGCCCAUACUCCCUCGUCUUCACGAGCGGAUCUGCACCUUCGUCCACAAUCGAUUACACUUUCUGGGAGGGUCUGGGAUCCGUUAGCGGCCUCGUAACAGCUGCCUCUCGGGGAUACGUCAAGGGCAAGGCCGUAGAUGUUCCUGAUGCGUACGCGUCGGAUACGACAGUUACAUUCAACAACUCUGUCGCUCAAUACUGGGCGACCAUCGGGUCUGACUUUAACUUCUACUCGCCAGCCAUGAAGCCUGGUACAUACAGCAUGAUUCUGUACAAGGGCGAGCUCGCCGUCGGCGAACAAUCCGUCGUAGUCGGCGCAGGAGAGACCGUGUCGUCGAACAUCCACGACACCAGCGGUGUGGACACGACGACGUAUAUCUGGCAAAUCGGCGAGUUCGAUGGAAGGCCGACUGGCUUCUUGAAUGCUGACAUGAUUGAGACCAUGCACCCCAGCGACACCCGCAUGCACGACUGGGUUCGAACAUACACCGUCGGCCAACAAGACAUCGGCUACUUCCCCAUGGCCGCCUUCCAAGCUGUCGGCGCCGUGACGAUCCGGUUCGCGCUCGCGUCCGGCCAAGGCGGCGCGCGCACGCUCGUCAUCGCUACUACAUCUGCGUUCGCGGGAGGCAGGCCGGUCGUCACUGUGAACUCGUGGACGAGCUCGAUUCCGCCUGCGCCGAAUGAUCUUAGUAGUCGGGGUGUUACUCGCGGAACUUGGCGCGGUAUCAACCAGUACUACACCUAUGCCAUCCCGGAUGGAACCCUCUCUACAGGAUCGACCGUUAACGUGAUCACCAUCUCCGUCGCGUCCGGCUCGAGCGGCGACACCUAUCUUUCCCCGAACUUCGUCUUUGAUGCUGUCGCUCUAUACUAG